UUAGAUUUCACGAUAAAUUGCAAUGGCGAGUAGCGCUCCAGAAAAAGAUAAUACUUUAGAGGUGAAAUCUGCUAUUGCUAAGAAGUAUGAUUCUGUUGUUGAAAAAAAUGUUUUGACAUGGAUCAGUGGUGUCCUUAAAAAUCCAGAUCUGUUUAAUGGAGUUAGUGGAGCAGAUGCAUUGCAAGAAAAACUUAAAAGUGGAGUUAUAUUGUGCAAUCUAAUGAAUGCAAUUAAACCUGGGUGCAUAAAGAAAUUCAAUAGCAAUGCAAAAAUGCCUUUCCAACAGAUGGAAAAUAUUGGUCUAUUUAAUGAAGCUAUGCGCAAUUAUGGUGUACAAUCUGAUUAUUUGUUUGUUACAACAGAUUUAUUUGAAGGAAAAAAUAUGGUUCAAGUUUUAAUUGGGUUACGAGCACUUGGUUCGAAAGCAUCAUCAGUUGGAAUAAAACCUGCAAUUGUUGAAAAUUGAAUUUAAAUUAAUUUAGAAGCAAUUUUUUUUUUAAUUUUCAUAAGAAAAAAUACAAGUUUUUUAUAUUAUUUUAACUAUUAAGCAUCUUGCGGUACCUUAAUUACUGUUUUUUUGUUUUGUUUGUUUAAUUUUAAUUUUUUUUUUAUAUUGUUUUAUUUAUUUUUGUUUAGACUGGGUUUUAUUUAUUUGCAUUAGUUGUUUUAAUUUUUAUUAUGUUUUAUAAUUGUGAUUUUUAUAAGUGACGAAGAUGACAUAUGAUCUCUAAAUAACUUUAUUUGUGUAAAAAAAAUAUAUAUUACAAAAAAAUAGUAUGAUAUUCUACAGUUCUAGUUAA